CAUUCUUCGUUUAUUGUUAUAAUCAUAAAUACAUUCAUAAGAGUAUGCAUUAGACGCGUGCGCCUUACCCUCUACACGCUACUACCAUUACACGUAAAUGUGUAUCGCAUAGAAGGAAGUAACGAUUAUCGAUAAUUACUACCAACGCGCGCGCGCGCGCGUGUGUGUAUGCGUGAGCGUGUGUUAUGCAUGUCAUGUGUGUCGCGUAAAUGGGUAAAUGAGUAAAUGUUUUCUGACAUGUGUAUUUUCCAAUGUGUCCUUUCUUUUUUUGUCAAAUCGAGCAAAACGAAGGAAAGGUGAAUGAACGAGUCGAUUUUGAGAAGGUGGUGGUGUAGUAGCCCGUAAAGAUGACUCUAACUUUUUUUUAUUUUUUUUUUUUAUUUUUUUUUUUUGGCGAUGCUUGUUACAUCGUAAAUCGGCAGUUGAUAACAAUCGAAGUUACAUAGAUUUCAUGUGUACGCUUGUAACGUUCGUAACAAAAUCGACGAUUGAUAUAUUAUUAUUCGUUGAAGCGAGACAGCGCACGCUUUCUCUAAGUAGUUAUCGAUACAAAUAAUGAUUAAACAGAAGUAAGGAUGAGAUAAAUGACAAAGGAGUGCAGGAAGAGCUUUAUCGAAUUAGAAAGAUGGACCAGCUGAGCGGGUUCGGAUGAAUGUUGCAGUCGACAGCUGCAACGUCCACUUCUCGUAACGUUGCGGAACUACUCAUUUGCAUUUUAAUACUGAUCUCGGUCUCGCGCAGCAGGUCCGAACGAACCUUUUAUAAAACUUUUUUUUCUAUGCUUUAGUCGUAUUUAAAUAUCGUUCCUAACCGUUUUGCCUUUAUUAAAUAUUUCGACUUUCGGUAUUCGCAUCGAUGCUCGCUUGUGCAUCCGAUUCGAUCAAGGAAACUUUAUCGGCUUACGGUUUCUUCGGUUUUUGAACACUAUGAUUUUUUAAUAAAUACUGUUCUCUUACAAUAAUUAUUAUAACGAGUUUACUCGGUAGGUAAGAAAAAAAAAUAGCAAAGAUUUCUUUGAAGAAUCGCGAAGAAACGUCAAUUUCGCAAUAUAUACUUUGGUCCCUUCCUGCGCUCGUUUCCUUUGCCGGUCUAUUCCUAUCCAGUUUUUUCUCAUUAUUUAAUCGCCGGAGUUUAACGUAAGAAUGAGGUUAUCGAAAUGUUCGUGUCGCUUUUUGUGUAUUCAAAAUAAUGAAAAUCCUCCGUUCCGUUUCGGUUACAAAUGCUCCUUUUAAUUUGUUACAUCUUUCCCUUCUUUCUCUUUAUUCCGUCUCUUCGUUCUUCCCUCCGUAUCUCCUUUCUCCUCGCUCGCAAGAAGAAAGCUCUAACCAUUGCCGACCACCUCGAACUAUUUCAUCCGCUGAUUUUCCCUGAUUUCCUCGUCCCAACUUAUGUUGUUCUAUUUGUAUUUAUCAUCGAUCAUCGUAAUUGUAAAUUAUAAUUAUUAUAAACGUUUACACGAAAUAAUAAAUUCUGAUAAAAUGUCUACGAAAAAAAAGAAACAGAAAACAUAACCUCGAUUGUGUCUUGCUUCGCAGUAUCGUCAGGAUUAUGAAGACAGCCGUUUUUGGUAUCGAUACGGGGGAUGAAAAACAAGGUGAAAAAUAAAUGACUAUUCGAAUUGUUGAAUGCUUUAUUAGUUUCUUGGAUGAUUAAAACGAACUUUACUCGUAUAUAUUUCUAUACUAGAAGGAUCGAAAAUGUAACGGAAGUCGUUACGAACGAUUAAACGCGUGACAGUAUUCGUUGUUCCUAUGUGACUCUUAUCGAAGAUUCGUUCUCGAAGUAUACGUAUAAAGUUACACUGAAACACGAUUUUUCAACAAAUUAACGAUUAUUCUCGAAAAUACCACUUACUUCCAAAUUAUUUGUAAUGGAAAUUGAGUAGCGCUUGUAACUUGCGAUAGUUUAAAUUUAAACUAGAGAAAAUUUAGUUUCGGCUGCUACGGAGCACGUGUCGAACGUUUUACAGUAUUUUAUCAGAAUUCUUCGUUAUGAUUGGCGUUAUUUCUUAUUAUCGUCGCCAAUUUCGUAUUUAUUAUCCUCGGUAUCGUUCAGUCAAAAUUCCUUGCAAUUAGAUUGCAAUAUCGAAAAGAAUUAGAAUAAAUUUAGGUAAGGUAAUUAGGUUUAAUUGGACGUACACUGAAAUCGUUUGUUCUUUUUCCUUACGCUGUCUCGAACGAACAAAUGGCAUUUGAUUCGAAUAAGACGGAUAAUAGUGCACGAUGGUCUGAUCACACUUUGAAAAACAAUAUUAAAACGUUUUUGAUAAUUCUGUAUCGAUAAAUGGAAUUAAGAAUGUAGCAUUGAAGUAGUUUUACGAUGUCUUUUUACAUCUUGUUAACUUCCAAAGUCUAUACAAGAACAUGUAUGUUUGUAUAUUCGCUUACAAAAAAAUACAAUAAUUUAUUUGGCUUUUAACAAAUACCAACGUAUGAAUCCUCAUAUUCUUCGUGUCGAUUUAUUUAGUUUUUUUAGAUUCAAUCGAUAGAUUACAAAAUGUGGACAGUGACAAUGAAAACGAGAAAAAGUAAAAAAUAGCAGUGAUUAGGUUACUGGUUACAUAAAAAAUAGGGAAGGUACAUACACUUUUAUCGGAAAUCGAACUCGAAGUCUUCGUUUCCUAUUCGUUAGCUAUUUCGUUAUGCGCGUACGUAUUAGAACAAACUGAACCUAGUAAAAACAAAUUUUGCAUAAGUGAUAUUUUGCGUAGUUCCUACUUUUUAUGCUACCAUGUUGAUUAGUAUGAAAAAAGUCGAGCAAAUAACUUUUUUGUUCGGUAACUAAAAUCGAUAAUUUAAUUUAAAUACGAAACGUGUCUACGACGUUUCGAAACUGUGUGAUAAAAUAGAACUACGCACGUGGCAAUCGGUCGCAAAGCAAUACAUUAUUUGUCCAUUCUCGAGGAUCAUAUGUAGGAAAAAAAUGAUACUCUGACUCGUUAUUUUGCCAUUUUUAAAUUGCUAUUUAAUUUCCGUGUAUCGAACAGACCAAGGAAUGUUAUUUCAAUCGAUUUAUUGAAACUGUAGGAAUAUAAUGAAAACACGCAUGAAAUAGACUCGAUAAAAUUACAAGAGUAGCAGAAAUAUACAAUUUUUGAUAAAGCGUAUUUUACUAUUAAUAGAAUCAAGUUACGUUAACUAUCAAUAAUCGUAUAUGUAUGUCGAUAACUUUGAGUAGUGAAAAUGACGAUCGAAGCGGACUUUUUUUAGUGCUUUCAAGCUCGCAACAAAAAGAAGGACGUAUUUAUAUGUUCCAGUUAGCUUAUUUCCGUCUAACGUAAACUUGUAUGUGUUUUAAAUAUAAAAAAAUUGUACCAGGCAGGAUUCAAAAAUUUCUAUAAUUUCCGAGGAAGAAACGUUAUUGGUUGAUGCGUGUAUCACUAACACCAUCUACGAACGUUUCCUAAAUUUAAUUUUACCGAGAGUGGGAUGUAUAGAGAGUUAACCGUUUUAUUGGUGGGGGUUUCGUGCAGAAGCACACGUAAAGGUCACCUUCAGGUUUAGUCAGACCCGAGACGUGUGAGAGGUGUCUGACGUUUGUUUCUGAAAUCGCGAAUUCAGUGUGGGAUUUGAUCUAGAAAGAGAAUUGUUUCUAUUUCAUUUUUCGUUGCGUUUGGAUAUAUAUUCGUUCGAAUCGUACCUGGAAGUGCAGUUCAAAAAUGGCAGAAGAUUUAGCAGCGCAAAGGUUUAUAAAGCCUGGUAGUCAUAAAGGUAAAGGCAUAGCUGUCUUUACUAGCGGAGGUGAUUCUCAAGGAAUGAAUGCUGCUGUCAGAGCAGUUGUUAGAAUGGGUAUUUAUUUAGGAUGUAAAGUAUUUUUCAUUAAAGAAGGUUAUCAGGGAAUGGUAGAUGGUGGAAAUAACAUUGUGGAAGCUACUUGGUCAUCUGUGUCGUGUAUUAUUCAUAGGGGUGGUACAGUAAUAGGUUCUGCUCGAUGCACAGAAUUUAGGGAACGUGCAGGCAGAAGGAAAGCUGCAAAAAAUUUAGUAGUUCGCGGUAUAACUAAUUUAGUAGUAAUUGGUGGUGAUGGUUCUCUUACUGGUGCAAACCUUUUUAAAGAGGAAUGGUCCGAUUUAUUAAAAGAAUUAGCAGAAGCAGGUGAAAUAACUUCAGAACAGGCAGAAAAAUACCUGCACUUGCAUAUAGUGGGUUUGGUAGGUUCUAUCGAUAACGAUUUUUGUGGAACUGAUAUGACUAUCGGCACGGAUUCUGCGUUACAUCGUAUCAUUGAAAGUAUCGACGCUAUUGUUAGUACUGCUUAUUCCCAUCAAAGAACAUUUAUUAUGGAAGUUAUGGGUCGCCAUUGUGGUUACCUGGCUCUAGUGACAGCCAUAUGCUGUGAAGCUGAUUUUGUGUUCAUCCCAGAAUGGCCACCUGAACAGGAUUGGCCAAGCAAGCUGUGCAAAAAGUUGUUGCAGGAGAGACUCACUGGCCAACGACUUAAUAUUAUCAUUGUAGCAGAAGGUGCAGUAGAUAGAAAUGGUGAACCAAUCACUGCUGAAAAAGUUCAUAAGGUUGUCGUAGAUAAAUUGCAACAGGAUACUAGAAUUACUGUUCUUGGUCAUGUUCAAAGAGGUGGCAAUCCAUCAGCUUUCGACAGAGUUCUGGGUUGUCGGAUGGGAGCUGAAGCGGUGAUGGCUUUGAUGGAAGCAACCCCUGAAACCGAAGCGUGUGUUGUAACGCUGGAUGGUAAUCAAGCAGUUAGAUUACCACUUAUGGAAUGCGUUCGUCGUACCAAAGCAGUAGCACAUGCUAUGGCUGAUAAAAAUUGGGAGCUGGCUGUGCAACUUCGUGGAAAAGGCUUUGCUCGUAAUCUGGAAACAUACAAAAUGUUGACGCGUCUAAAAGCACCUGUGGAUCAUGAUCCGAGUAAAGAAAGUAAUGGCCCCACAUUAACGAAGCAAUUCACUUUGUGUGGACAAGAUCAUUAUACUUUAGCAGUAAUGCAUAUCGGUUCUCCUUCUUGCGGUAUGAACGCGGCAGUGCGUUCGUUCGUUAGAAAUUGUAUCUAUCGCGGUGACAAGGUUUACGGUAUUUGCGACGGAAUAUUAGGUCUGAUGGCUGGAAAGUUUAAAUUAAUGGACUGGCCCUCAGUCACUGGUUGGGUAGCACAAGGUGGUGCUUAUUUAGGAACCAAGCGAGCUCCACCCAAAGAAGAUCAGUUACCGCAAAUUGCUCAGAAACUUAAAGAAUAUGGAAUUCAAGCUUUACUAAUUAUAGGAGGAUUUGAGGGUUAUCAAACGGCACUUACCUUCUACAAAGCUAGGGAUAAGUACGAAGAAUUCCGAAUGCCCAUCGCUAUGAUUCCAGCAACUAUUAGUAACAACGUACCAGGAACUGAAUUUUCGUUAGGUUGCGAUACUGCUUUAAACGAAAUUACAGAGAUUUGCGAUCGAAUUCGUCAGUCAGCACAGGGUACAAAACGUCGAGUAUUUAUUAUCGAAACCAUGGGAGGAUUCUGUGGAUAUUUAGCAACUGUUGCUGGAUUAGCUGGAGGUGCGGAUGCGGCAUACAUUUUUGAAGAAAAAUUUAACAUCAAAGACAUAAAUCAGGAUGUCAUUGCGAUGGCUGCGAAGAUGUCUGAAGGUGUACAAAGAGGUCUUAUCCUGAGGAAUGAAAAUGCUAAUUUGAAUUAUAAUACAGAUUUCAUGCAGAGACUUUUUAGUGAAGAAGGAAAAGGCCUGUUUAGCUGUAGGAUGAAUAUUAUUGGUCAUAUGCAACAAGGUGGUUCACCGACUCCAUUUGAUCGUAACCUUGGUACAAAAAUGGGUUCUAAAGCUGUAGAAUGGUUUAGCAAUCAACUAAAGAAAUGUGCAACUGCUGAUGGAAAAACGUCAACGAUGGAAGCUGAUACUGCAGUUAUGAUUGGUAUAGUCCGAAGACAAUACAGAUUUACACCGUUUACGGAACUUAUUGAAGUUACCGAUUUUGAACAUCGCAUUCCAACAUAUCAAUGGUGGAUGAAACUGCGACCAUUACUCAAGGUCUUAGCGAAGCACGAGUCCACGUACGAAGAAGAAGGACUGUAUAUAACUGUCGAAGAAAUGGACCUUGAAAAUGAUCCACCUCUCGUUUAAGCUAACAAUUACAUGUUAUGAUACGUGGUAAAAGGUAAUGUUCCAUAAGAUGUACGCAGUUAACUGUAAAAAUUGUAGAUUUCGUUGAACAGUAUUGUAUGGCAUUAUGAUCAUGUUCCGUUGUUAUUUAUGAAAAGUAUGAUCAAAUUUUAGACGCAUAAAUCGUAGAAUAUUAUAUUCUGCGGAAUUUAAUAUACGCGAAGUAUUUUAAGCGAUUUGUAUGAAAUCGCAAUGUAUACGUAUACUUCUCAUCUGUAUAUUUAAUUGUUUAGUAACGAAACGCAUACUAAAAAUUUUAAAUGUGAACAAAUUAAAUAAAUAGCAAAUUAUCACAUAUUGUUGCCAUGAUCGAGAAUAUAGAUUAACAUUUUGUUUCGGAUAGAUAAAAUUCGUAUAUUUUGAACACAGUUUAAAUUGAUAUGUGAGGAGGUACAAAAACAGUACCUGAAUAUCGUGGAGGUAAGCUAUAUCUACAUAGUAAUAUAAGAAAGUAAAAUGUGUUAGUACGACAUCUACACCGCAUUUUUAUUAAUAACAAUGAAAGAUUAUAUUGUUAUAACGAUCAGUGUUAAACAUUUAUUGCAAUUCAUAUACAUGUACAUAUAUAUGUAUAAGUUUUGAAAAUAGCAAAAACAAAGACAUAAGUAUUAAUUCAAUAUACAUGGAAAUGCAUAGCAUGGAAAUGCUGUAUUAAACCGAAGGAGCAUUAAAGAUAGGAAAAGCAUAUGUGAACGCGGUGAUAACGAGGAUGAAGAAAAAAUGCUAUAAAAGAAAUCUUUUGACAUAACACUUUAAAUCCGAUAACUUCCAGUUUUAGAUUUUACGACCGUUCGCUCUUAUCAACUUAGAAAGUUGAUACGUAUUAAAAUAAUUGCAUCGCAAUUAUACAAAUUUUGCAAGUGCAUGACAUCUUUAAUACCUAAUUUUUUAUGUAGCUUUCAGUGAAAUUCGUUAGAACGACAAUGCUUUUAGAGGACAUUAAUUGGUCCAUUGCUAAAAUUCAGUUGUAACAUGGUUUAUAAAUUAAACUACAGCUUUCAUGGCUACUUUACUACUUUGCGAAUAAAUAUACUAGGUUAUAUUCGUGGUCUACUAAGAUGUAAAAUUAAACAUAAUGUGGCAUUUUUCUUUAAUGAAAACUUACUAUUUGGUUUAGCUUUACCCAUAGCUAUGAAAAGCUAUUCGAAGAAUAUACUUGUCUACCUCAAAACAUAAUUUGCAACGACAAAACGAUACUUAGGACAAAGAAAAUACCUAAGUCGUGCUAGUUGCAUGUAACGUUAAAAGAUUUUGCUAAGAUUUAAGGCUUGUGACCACAAGAAUAUUUAGAUUUAAUUCGUGUUAUUAUUAUACUCGUGUAUUCGCAUAUAUUUAUCCCAUCGAGUGAUCAAGUUACUAAACUAAGCUCACGAUUAUUUCCUCGAGCGUAAGUUUACGAUACCUAUCCAAUUUUAGAAUCAAGUAACUCAUUCUAACGUAAAGAAAUCCUUCAUGAACUAAAUUCAUGUUUGUGAAUUCGAUUAGUGAAUUCUUCGUCAAAGAUAACGUUAAAUAAAAAUUAUCCGAUUUCAAACGUAUACAUGGAAAAUAUUUUUAACAAAGGACUGAGUACACACGUUCGAUUUACGUAACAUUUAUAGAAAUUGAAAGACUCUUUAGGAAAGACUCUAUCAUCAUUUUUCUAGUUUAUGAAACAUAUACGUAUAAUAAUUUCAUUGAUACAUCUGUUGAUCGAUGAAAUAUUUAUUUAAAUUACAGAACAACUCUUGUAAUAGACUACGAUAUUGCAUGAAAAGUACGAUACUGUACUUUGAGUCAUUGAGUCCUAAAAUAGGUUAAUAACGAAGAUACGUACGUAUUUAAAUUAAAGAACAGACAUUUGCACAGGCUGCUUAUUUAAAACUGUUACUAGCAAUGCAAAUGGUUUAGAAAGAUGCUGUGACAAUAGAUGUUGUUAAUAAGCAUACGAAUGGAACUCAUAAUAUUGUUAAAAACAGAUGAUUAAACAUGGAAAUUAAUUGUUUUUUAAAGAUAUCAUCGAAACAAUUUGAAAAUUACGAAGGACUUGCAUCGCCUUCGUACGUCAUGUAUGACUGUUAAAAAUAUACAUUUAUGAGGCCUAAUCACGAGAGUAGGAUUUAAAUGGUACUUAAACCGGUUCAUUUAUUAAAGUGGGGGUGGAUAGUGAUUUAAUAGAGCAUUAAAUGUUAUCGUACUUUAUGAAACUGUUAAGAGUCACAAUAUUAUAAGAAGCAAUAACGAAGUUACAAGUAACAUAAUGAUUAUCGCUUAAUCCAUGCAUAGAUCCGCCUCUACACAUAAAUAGAAAUUUAUUGUGUGCAUAAUGUAUUUUAUAAAAAUUUAUGUGCAAAUUUCAAAUUUGAUCAUAUAUCGUAUGUGUUCACUCAAAUACAUAGAAAGAAAGAAUGAAUCCACGUACCCGCCCCAUUGCUAAUUGCGCGCUGAUACAAACACAAUGUACAAAUCCACGAGCGUUGAUAUUCGUACCUCUAACGCUUAUUAAUGUAAUAAAAAUAUAACGUUGAAAAAUUAUAUUAUUUUUACGAUUACAGAAGAGAUAUAUUUUCGAAUCAUUGUUGAUCAAUGAAUUUACCGUGUAUCUGUGGUACGCGAUGUAUAGUGAUCAAAAAUUAUUUUCUUUCGACAUCGAAAUAUUGAAUAUGUAUUUUCGCUAUAUUACUAUGGUUUAUUUAACGAAAAUUCAGAAUAUCGCCAGUUACACGUGGUAAUAGCACAUUUUAAAAAACAGAUACAUAUAUUGUGUAUGUAUAAAAAUGUCGUGACCACUUAAAAUGUACCUAAUAUUAUCAAUAAAAUAUAUCUUAUAAAGUUA